UGGCCCUGUUUGUCCCUUGGCGCUUUCCGUUGAGGCAACCUGUUUGGCUGGAAAGACGACCCAUGCGUCUCUGACAGUGAUGCAAGUCUUCAGUUGGUGUGUUUAUUGUGCCCGUUAACAGCCUACUACUCUACAAGCAUCACACACACCAGCAGACGUCGUUUCAGAUGGCGGACCACCGCAUGACCGUUGCCAUGGAGGCGGUCCUCAAGGCAAGCGGCGACCUCCCGGAGGGCACGCCAAAGAUCAAAGGCUACGACUUCAACCAGGGGGUGGAUCUGCAGGCCCUGCUGGAUUCUUACAUGACCACCGGCUUCCAGGCCAGCAGCUUGGGUUUGGCCAUUCAGGAGAUUAACCUCAUGAUAGAGAAGCGCCUUGAGCCUGUGGACGAGGGUGAGGGUAAAGACUCGGAGGACCACCGCAGCAAGUCGGGCUGCACCAUCUUCUUGGGUUACACUUCAAACCUCAUCAGCUCUGGAGUCCGAGAGAGCAUCCGCUACCUGGUGGAGCACAAAAUGGUGGACGUUAUCGUGAGCACAGCUGGAGGCAUAGAGGAGGAUUUAAUCAAGUGUCUGGCUCACACAUACUUGGGAGAAUUCAGCCUGGCCGGCAAGGAUCUCCGCCAGAUGGGCAUCAACAGGAUAGGGAACCUGUUGGUGCCCAAUGACAACUACUGUAAGUUUGAAGACUGGCUGAUGCCCAUCCUCGACCAGCUGCUGCUGGAGCAGAACACUCAGGGCACCCGUUGGACUCCCUCCAAAAUGAUCCAUCGGCUCGGCAAGGAAAUCAAUAAUACUGAAUCUGUCUGCUACUGGGCCUACAAGAAUAACAUUCCAGUGUUCAGUCCCGCCCUGACGGACGGCUCUCUGGGUGACAUGCUCUACUUCCACUCUUACAAGAGCCCCGGCCUGGUCUUGGACAUAGUCGAAGAUAUUCGCAGGAUUAACAGCCAGGCAGUGUUUGCCAAAAGGACGGGAAUGAUCAUCCUCGGGGGAGGGCUGAUCAAACACCACAUAUGCAACGCUAAUCUGAUGAGAAAUGGCGCAAACCACGCGGUUUUUGUGAACACUGGUCAGGAGUUUGAUGGCUCUGACUCUGGAGCCAGACCCGACGAGGCCGUAUCUUGGGGCAAGAUUAGAUCAGAAGCCAAACCUGUGAAGGUGUACGCGGACGCCUCUUUAGUCUUUCCUCUGAUUGUGGCGCAGACCUUCGCUCGCCACGCCGACAAGCUGACCGCCGGCCGGCAAGCGGAUUAAAAGUGCGCCCCGUCGGAUGCUGCAUCGCUCCUCUCACUCUUUCCCCUUUCGAAAGCAUAGCAAAAAUAUAAGUUGACCUUUUAAAAAUUUCUGGUGAAAAUCUGUGAUUAGGAUUUGGCCAAAUUGUGGUGGAGGAGGGGGGUUUCCUGUUGUAAUGCUUUCCAUAACAAUAUUUAUUUUUAGAUAGUACCAUGCUGUUGCAUGAACCAAAGGGGCUGUAUCACGUUUAACCGAGUGUGUGUGUGUGUGUGUGUUUGUGAAUGUUUGGGUAUGUGGGAAUAAAUAAUAAAAUGAAACAGUCUUAACAGUUUUAGCCUUGAUU